AUGGGCGACCUUCAGCUCUCCCCGGCCUCAGAGCCACAUCUCAUGCACCGCUCCCUCCUCACCCGUCCAGAAACCGUGACCUCCGCAUCAGGCGUCUGGAUCACACUCUCAUCCGGCCGCAAGAUCCUCGAUGGCUGCGCAGGCGCUGCAGUCGCCAUCAUCGGUCAUGGAAACACUGAAGUUCGCGAUGCAAUGGUCGAGCAGAUGUCGAGUGUGUCAUACGUUCACACCAUGGCCUACACAACCAACAGUUCAGAGGACCUCGCAGACUAUAUCCUUGAAGGAGAGCCUUUUGAAUUGACGAGAGCGUACUUUGUUGGCUCCGGUAGUGAGGCUAUGGAUUCGGCAAUGAAGCUUGCGAGGCAGUAUCAUGUUGAGAAUGGACAGCCGCAACGAACUAAGUUUGUUUCAAGGAGGCAGGCUUAUCAUGGGAACACUAUUGGAGCUAUGAGUAUGGGCAGUUUCGUGGCGAGAAGGGCGCCGUACGAGGGCGCUAUUCUUCUCGGCAAUGUGAGCUACGUUAGUCCCGCUUAUGAAUACCGAGUUCGGAAAGACGACGAAACGGAACAAGAGUACGCUCAGAGAUUAGUCGACGAACUCGAGGCAGAGUUCCAGGCUGUCGGUCCAGACACCAUCAUGGCCUUCGUUGCAGAGACGGUCGGUGGCGCAACAGCAGGCUGUAUCUCUCCUCCAGCCGGAUACUUUGAAGGUGUCGGAAAAGUUUGUCGAAAGUAUGGUAUUCUUCUUAUCCUCGACGAAGUAAUGUGUGGAGUCGGACGAUGUGGAACGUUCUUCGCCUUUGAGCAAGACGGCGACGUUCGUCCUGAUAUCGUCACAACAGGCAAAGGCCUCGGAGGAGGAUAUGCUCCUAUCGCUGCGACGUUGGUGCACAGAAAGAUCAUCGAGACGUUGAAGAAAGGAACAGCGAGCUUCAACCAUGGACAUACGUAUCAAGCUCAUCCCGUGAGUUGCGCAGCUGCACUAGCGAUCCAGAAGAUUAUCCGUCGAGAUAACUUGGUAGCUCGUGCUGCUACCCUCGGAGCACGAUUACACAAGUCUCUUAUCGAAAUCUUUCAAGAUCUGGAGUUUGUUGGAAACAUUAGAGGGAGGGGGUUGUUUUGGGGUAUUGAGUUUGUCAAGGAUAAGAAGACCAAGACACCCUUUGAUAGCAAGAUUCGGUUUGGCGUCAAGGUUCAGGAGAGGGCUUUUCAGUUGGGUCUGGCUGUUUAUCCUGGUUCUGGGACUGCGGAUGGAAAAGAGGGUGAUCAUGUUAUUGUGUCGCCGCCGUUGACGAUUACGGAGGAUGAGAUGGAUGAGUUGCUUGUGUUGUUGAAGAAGGCUUAUGAUGAUGUUGCUGCUGAAUUUAGCUAA